UCUUUCCGACACAGAAGGAAAGAUUGUAAAGUAUUCCGCUUUUACCCGCCUCCUUCUGAUCUCCUUCUUCAUCUUGCUCACUUCACUUCACUUCACUUCACUCCAGAGUCGCUUUCCUUCCUGUAUAUUCAAGUCCUUUUGGAUAUUCUCUUACACUUUUAUAUAUAUUUCUUCACCCCCAGUCAGGAGGUUUGAGUCCACACGUCUCUCUGGUUGUCCUGGUGCAGAGUCGCGGAUCUGCUUAUUAAAAUGGCAGAUACAGAAGCGAGUCCGAGCGCUGUGGACAAACUCAAGGCUUACAUGCGCACCCGGAAAGGGACCAUACUGUCUGUGGAAAUACUCCUGAGCUUGAUCGUCAUCAUCUGUUACGCAGCGUCAAGGUAUGGCGGCUUUUCGGCAGUGGCGAUUUGUGAGAUGGUCUUCGCCAUCAUCUUCUUCGUCGUCUUCAUGAUGGAGCUGGAUAAACAGUUUUUGCUCGUCAACUGGCUUUGGAGUGAUUUGUUCCGCGCUGCCAUCGGUGCACUGCUGUACAUCAUCACCUCUCUGAUUUGUGUGAUCGGUGGAGCCGGAGACGGAGCGCGCAUUGCCGGCGGGGUGUUUGGACUUAUCGCAGGCAUUGUAUUUGGUUAUGAUACCUAUACAAUUUUUGCCGAUAUCAAGGCCACCCGAGGGCGGUCGACCGUCACCACAGAUGCUUGAACACUAUUAUAACAGCAGCAGCACCCGCCUGGGAAGACUCGGGAAGAAACAAGGGAUUGAAACAUGGCAAACUAAGAAUUUCUAAGGUUUUCAUGGUAUGAUGAGGUCACUGUUGUGGGGUUGAUGAGCGCUGCAUGGUGUUGAACACAUGACACAAACAGACUGAAAUAUCUGAGAUAGGGAAAUGAUUGUAUAUGAUAGUAAGCUGGAAUGAUUACUGCUUCAGGCCUGAGCACCACAAAUAAGGGUCAAAUUAAGGUCAUUUUAACCUCACAUGGUGCUUUCAGCCAUGAUUCGGAAAUUCAGAAUGGAACGGACCUUGCCCAAGUGAUCAAGGAUGCAUCACACCAAGAAAGGGAAAUGAAAAGAAGAUAUUUGGGCUGAGUUUGGAUUUGGAGAUGUGUCAAGUCUGUUUAUAAUAUAGCAUCACUUAAAUUGCGAAAGUGUAAAGUUUCAGCCACAACUGAUUUAUUUCUGACAGCUAACAUUGUAAUAAUCGUUUUGGGUUGUACAAGUUCUGGAUUUAAAUAAUUUAAAUUAUUAAUCUAAGUUACUACAAUAGUAGAGGUGAAAUGUUUCUAUCUGGUUAUUAAAAAAAUAGAAGUAAUAACAUAAGAUUUAUUAAAAAAUGUUUAGCCAUAUUUCUGUUUCUUAUUUGUUUUUAGGGUUUUACGUAUUGAAGUUUUAUUCCAUUUUUCCUUUAGCAGUAACAGAGAAUGUUAAGGGUGCUAACACACCCUGAUGUUUGAAUGACUGACUCAAGUCCUAAAAGGAUUAUGGAUGGUUUUUACGUUUAAUCAUGUUCGGUGUACACUUGCAGCAAGAAUAAAGCUAAAACACAGCCUUAUGCUCCUGAUGAUUCUACAGUCAAGAACUAAAACAUACUUUUUUCUUUUUGGAAGGGUGGGGUAGGGAGCUGUUUAAAAAAAAAAAAAACUAUGAUCUGGUCUAAAUUGUCUCUGUGCACUAUCUGAGUACACUAUUUUUUCUAGAUUGGCACAGCUCUAUAUAAACACAUUUGCUUGUUUUAUAUUGUUUGAUGUGAUAUCUCUUGACCAUGAAGUCCUGCCAUUAUUUCUUUUCCCUUCCUGUUUCCUUCUAGUGAGGUUACUAUGCUUUAUUGCUUUUUACACUCUCUUAGUUUUAUUCUUUCAUAGUAAAAACAGGCUACUGAAAAUAUUAUUAUUAUUAUUAUUAUUAUUAUUAUUUGCCUGUACUGUAACAGAGUGCCUUAAGACAUUGUUUUGUCAACAAACUCAGGAUACACCUUUCUUUCAAUGUUCAUUAAGUUCUUGAUAAAAAUGAGAAAGGAUGUUUUGCAGUAUUUUAUUUCCUUGUCAUGUUUCUAAUGUUACUGUUUUUCACAAAGCGAUGCAGAAUAAAAAUCUUAUAACCAAGUGCAAAUAUA